AUGGCACCAGGAGGAGGAUCAGGAUUGCCGGGUGCCGCUGGUGGUACCACUUCCUUGUUGGAAGAAUGGCUACAGAAAUUUGCAACAGAUGGAGCGCAGGCGCCCGUAGGUGCAGAUCCCUCAGCGAAGACCAGAGAAAUUAAAGAGAAGUUGAAGGAAGAAUUGAAGAGCACAUGGGAGAAUUUGAAGAGUAGGUUAGAGGGGCAGGAAGCAUGGGAAAUAAGGGGACUCUGCUUCGAUAACAAGGAAUGGACGGAAAAGGCGAAUUCUAACAGCGGACAGUAUGUGAGAGAUUUGUGCACGGCUCUUGCCGAAAUAAAAUAUUUCAUAAGUGGGGUCUGGAUGACAAGGAAGAAAGCACCGGGGACGGGGGACAACGUGGAGAUUGAGAAAGGCAUGGAUGAUGCCAAGAUUUACAGUCGCUGCAUCGUAGGAGCAGUUGCCCUUUCAACAAUUUAUGGAGAUCAUUGUAAAUUGGAUGAUGUUAUACGGACGACGGAGAAAGAAGUGGAUCAGAAGCUGGAGGCACACAGAAGUACCGGUGCGCAAUUGAAUAAAUGUAAAGGAAUAGACCGUAAUGCUUUACUUCUAGGUAAAUCAAUACUUCAGGAUGAGAUGAAGAAUUGGUCACAGGCGGAGAGACAGAAGGGUAUGGAGUCCAAAGGGAGUCAAGGAUCCUGGAAGUUGGGGAAAUUGUGGUAUAACAGGGUGCAGGGGGUUUGUCCGCAAAUUUAUAAAGGGGACGGGACGAAAGUCCAGGAGCAGAGAAAAGGGAAUGCGGAACAUAUGAGAAAAUUUUUGAAAGUGGGUGAUGACAGGAGCAUAACUUCCGGUCAAGCAACCGUGGCGGACGUACUGGGUGACGACAACAUGAAAUUAAGCGCAGACAAAUUAACUGAAGUACUGUCGAAAUUAGUGGGUUCUGACGGAAAAGUGGACAUCACAAAUAUGGACAAGUUAAUGGAACAGUUAAAUAAGGAAACUGAAACAACAACAG